CUAGCAGGGGAAGAUGGAGAACUCACAGCAAGCUGGAUGGUGCAAGAAGCCUGCAUCACCCAUGAAAACGAGAGCUGCCUUGGAAGUGGUCAGGAGCACCACAUGGACUGUUGUUCUGCUCACCAGCACCGCAGUCACAGGAGCUACAGGAAUUAACAGAGUGUCAGCACACCUGGGUCACAGCGCUGUGAUGACCUGCCCCAACAAAACAAAUAUAACUAUGGUAACAUGGAAAAUAAAACCCAAGACUGGAGGCGAAUGCAUCUUGGCAUACCUGAUUGAUAGUAACAAGACAGAAAAAAUCAACUGCAGUCACAGAAUAAACUGGAGAUCCAGACCAGACUGGGAUCAUGCACUUGAGAUACAGCAAGUAGGAAUGGCUGAUGAGGGAAAUUACACCUGCGAAGUGGUAAAUGCAGAUGGGAAUUUCCGUGACCCGUAUCACCUGACUGUGCUAGUUUCCCCGAGAAUGGCUCUGUACUGCGAUGACCAUGGGAACCCUGUGUGCGAGGCAGAGACAGAGAAGCCGGCUGCUGAGAUCUCGUGGGUCCCACAGAGCAACUCCACACCCAGAGCAGACAGUCACAGUAACGGGACAGUGACAGUUCUCAGCAGGUUUGCAGCACGUAGCAGCGAUGGGAAGAAUGCUACCUGCAUCGUGUCCCACACAACUCUGAACGAGGCCAAGUCCAUAGACUGCUCCUCACGUAAGCUUCCCUUUGUGUGCUCAGUUUCCUGUUUAGUCCUCUGUUCCUGCACUAAGACAUCAGUGACACUGGCAUGA